GUAAACUGCGUUGCUUUACGACAGUUGACAAAACAUUCACGACGGUGUCAUGGCGACGUAUGGUGUUAGUUUUGAGAGUUCGAGCAGCAUCGACGAAAAGAAAGAGAAAAAGAGGCAGUCGCGAGAAGAGGUGCUAGAAAAGGCAAAGCAGCAAUAUGAGAAGGAGGAGAGGAGGAAGGAGCUGAAGAGGCUGAGAGGAGAAGAUACUUGGAUUCUCCCUGAAGUCAACCAGAGGCUGCAGCAGAUAGAGGAGGAGGGAUCUGGAAAGAGCAAAAAGAAGAAAGAGAAGAAAUCUAAGAAGAAAAAGAAGAAAGCCAAGAAGGAGAAGGUGGCAGAAGUAGGAAAGGGCUCAAGUGACAGUUCACAGGAGUCAGAAGAGGAGUGGGUUGAGGCUCAGCCUCAGAAACGGUCUAAACCCUGGCAAGUUACCGAGCCGUCCAAGACUUCAGAAAGCAGCUCCAGCCCAGCCCAGAAUGUUCAGAGAGACGAAUGGAUGACUUUUGAUUUCCUGGCCAUGAGAACCACGUCCACUGCAGAGAGACGAGCUGAGAAAGACCAGCAGAAAGAGGCAGAGAGAGCCAAGGCCCAGGCUAUUGAACAGGCUGGUCUGCACAAACUGGAGCUUAACCCUUACUGGAAAGAUGGAGGAACUGGUUUGCCUCCAGAGGAGAAUGUUCAAACUGCGGUUAAAAAAGGUCCUGUAGUGAAUGAUGGUGGUCUGAGCUGGCUGAGAAAGAACUAUCAGAGGAUGAAAGAGCAGGCUGAGAGAGAACAACGCAGUCUGAGUGAUGUUGUAGCUGAGAGAUACGGGUCAAUGGAGGAAUUUCAGAAGAGACUUGCUGAAGCUGAGGAAGCCGUUUAUGGUCGGAGUAGAGGAGGCAGAGAGUGUUCAGGGAGAGAUGGAUGGAGGAAAGGAGAGGAAGAGGGUCGGGAGCGAUGGAGGAGAAAAGAAGAAGAUAGACGGUGGAGAAAAGAGGAAAGAGAGUUGUCACCCCGAGAUGACAAGCAGCGCUGUGGUGGGAGGGGAGUGGAGAAGGAGAGGGAAAGAGACGGGGAUAGGGAAAAGGGCAGAGACAGGGAUAUAGAAAGGGAGAGGAGUGGAAGAAAAGACAGGAACAGGGAGAAAGAAAGGGAUAGAUACAGGGAUAAAGAUAAGUUGACUGCAUCAUCAUCAUCAUCAUCUGGACAGAGCUGGAGUCAGCGUUCCCUCUCUCUUGGUUCUCUAAAAGGCCGCUUCCUCAAACCCUCAGAUGAAGAAGACAGAGCUGAAGGCCCUCAGCGUCCCCCCCCAGCACAGUCAUCCACAGGAUUUCUGAAGCCCAGUUCAGAUGACGAAGGCUCCGCCCAAAAGUCCUGGAAGAAAAGCAGCACUUCUGUUCUUGAAACCAACAGGCUGGGAGAAAAGCCGAAGGAAAGCCAGAAACAUCCAGAGAAUCCAGUAACUGCUGCUCAACUCAUUGCACCAUCCAGGACUGAGAGUGAAAGUGAGGAGGAGGAGGAUUUGCUGUUGCUGUCUGAGGAAGAGAUGAACAAACUAGGGUCCAAGCUGAUAAAGGCAGAGAUGAUGGGCAACACGGCCAUGAUAGAGAAACUGAAAUCUCAACUGGAUGCUGCUCAUACAGCUAAAGAGAACCACGCCGCCAGAAUAAAGCAACAUGAAACAGCCGAGUCAAAGAAGGCGGCCGGUCACUCCAGUGAAGACCAGGAGGUCCUGCUGUUCAGAACGGAUCAGUCAGGGAGAGCUUGGCCUGUCAAGGGUCCAACUGGACCUCAGGAGCCCCAUGGAGGCCGACGAAAGAAGAAACCGAUGGAGACCCAUGUUGAUGGGCAGCGUGUUCGCUACUUCCAGGACGACGACAGCAUUGGUCUGCAGGAGAUGGUGAGGAGGGAGAAGAUGAGUUCUGCCCAGGAUCAGCAUGCUCUUUACUCGCGUAUGGCUGCAAAGAUGAUGGGAAAGAUGGAUGGCGACAACUACACGCUGGAUGACAUGUUUGUGUCGAGUGCAGCCCAGAGGGAGGGCGAAGGGAGAGAGGAGGAGCGGAUGAGGAGCAAGGCUAUCGCUGAGAGUAGGAGGCUGGCUGCCUCCAUGGAUAAGUGCCAGCACUGUUUCAACAGCAAAGACCUUCAGAAGCAUCUCAUUGUGGCCAUAGGGAGCAAAGUGUAUCUGAGCCUGCCUGCAGGCGUGUCCAUGACCGAAGGCCAGUGUCUCAUCUGUCCUCUGCAGCAUCACUGCUCUGCCACUGGUUUGGAUGAGGACAUCUGGUCAGAAAUGCAGCUGUUCCGACGAGCUUUGGUGCGAAUGUUUGAGGCACAGGAGCUGGACUGCGUGUUCAUGGAAACACACAUAACCCCCCGCAGAAGACAACACAUGGUCCUCGAGUGCAUCCCUCUACCCAGAGAGCUGGGUGACAUGGCACCCAUUUACUUCAAGAAAGCUAUUAUGGAAUGUGAUGAGGAGUGGGCCAUGAACAAGAAGAUUGUUGACUUGUCUUCAAAGGACAUCCGGCAAGCUGUUCCUCGAGGUCUUCCAUACUUUGCCGUGGAUUUUGGACUGCAGGGAGGGUUUGCUCAUGUUAUUGAAAACGAGCAGAAGUUUCCCCAUUACUUUGGCAAGGAAGUGGUUGGAGGAAUGAUGGACUUGGAGCCACGACGCUGGAGAAAGCCAAUCAGAGAAAACUUUGAUGAUCAGAGGAAAAAGGUCCUGCAGUUUGCACAGUGGUGGAAGCCGUAUGACUGCACGAAGACCCAAGACUAAAGGACUAAACACAAACCCUCAUGUCUCUGGAAGCAUAUGGGGAAGACACACUUUACUUUAAUGGAAUAAAUGUGAAAUAGCAGAAAUGUUUUGUAAAAUAAAUAUUAGUCAAAUGAU